AACACGCAUAACAGCUUUUGCAAGAUGUCAUUUCCAUAUACCUAGUUCCGUUAACUCAAGAACCCACCUUAUCGCUGUCGUUGUGUUUCCUCCCGUUCCCAGGAGGCUUGCAUUAUGAUGGCUCGCGCGUCCUUAGUCUUAUUGCUCCUUUUCUUUGUAAUUCAAGUCUAUGCGCAACCAUUCAGCUUCCUUCGCAAACUAUCCGCGACCUCCCAAGAGGGCAGUUGGUUGUGGGGUUGGGUUUGGGGCGCUGAGAGCUCUGUUUCUGUGGUGGAUCGGUCACCGCCUCUAACCUUCCGUUCAAGGCCUGCGUCUUUUGGUCGGGAACUCAAGGAGCCACUCUUAGGUUAUGUCAUUCCACUGUCCUCAUUCACGACUCCAUGCCCUGGCAACGAUACCUCACUGGUAGACCGUCAUUUGAAUUUGGGGUGCCCGAAGUUAUGCAUAUAUGGUCCCCACCAACCGGAUCCAAGCGAGUCUUGGAUCGCGCUACUGCAGAGAGGUCAAUGCUCCUUCGUGGACAAAGUCAGGGAAUCACAGAGACUGGGUGCCAAGGCCGUUGUCAUCGGGGGCCAAGAUCCCGACAUCAGCGGUCAGCCAGACAUGCUUGUUAAUAUGUAUAGUACAGGCGACGCUUCUGACGUCGAAAUUGCUUCUACCUACAUCACAUGGUCGGAUUACAAGGAAUUAUCUUCGUUAAUACGCUCGUCUACGACCUCUCAUGCCGGCUUACAAACGCUUUCACUUUUGAUCACGACUCAAUACUCAGCUUGGGAAUGGUAUUCCCCAAUAUUAACAUUCAUCGUCAUCCUAAUACUCCCCUCUUGUCUCACAUUCGUCACACUUCUCAUCCAUCGCAUCCGCAUGGCUCGUGCAGCACAACGUGAUCGUGCUCCGGAAAAUGUUGUCAAAGGUUUUCCAUGGCGGGUCUGGAAUGGCACUGCAUGGGAGAAACAUGAGGGAACCACGACACAUGGAGCCCAUUCAAUCGGGGCACACGAUACUGAUCUGGAGUCGGGUCCUUCAGAUCAUAGUGCAUCGUCGCCCUCCACAUCUCAUGAAGCACUGAACCAUGCGCCGAUACCAUGGUGCGAGUCGCAGGCGGAAUGUGCCAUCUGUUUAUCGGAAUUUGUCAAAGGAGAUUGCGUCCGGGAGCUGCCGUGCCAUCACAUCUUCCAUCUGGAGGAAGUUGAUUCGUGGUUGAUCAACCGGAAGAAAUUGUGUCCUGUCUGCAAAGCAGAUGUCACCCGACCCUGGCAUCUUUCCCAAGCAAAUAAACCGCAUGCUGCACCUGCUAAUGAACAGGGUUCUGAUUCUGAUGCAGUAUCUUCGUCUGUUAUUACGCCUCCCAUUACGGAACUGACACCCCUGCUUCGCGACCGCAGCGGGAGCACCGGCUCAUGACAUGAAAUGAUGAUGAUCGUGUUGAAUUAUUUUGUAUGAUAUAUGAUAAGGCGGCCUCUCGGGUUCUCUUCUAGUUUGCUCUGCGCAUCGCGCACUGCGGUGUACCGUGUUUUUCAGUUGUCGUACCAUGUGCUCGUCAAUAAUACCGAUGUACUCUUACCAGUCUGUAACUCGAGGCGAUAAUCACUGAUCAGUAACGUAAGUACUCGUGGUGGAGUCAAUAUUAAAACCUGUUGCCAAA